AAAAAGGCAAAGUAUGCGGCUUAAGCUUCGUUAGAAACCCUAAUUUCUCUUCCUUCGCACCGUGCUAGCUGCUGCAAGGGUUUCAGAAGCUGCCACAGGAAAUGGCUCCUAAGCAGCCAAGUUCGGGUCUGUUCGUCGGAAUGAACAAGGGUCACAUUGUCACUAAGAAGGAGUUGCCUCCACGUCCCAGGGAUCGUAAAGGGAAAACAAGCAAGAGGGUGCACUUUGUAAGGAACCUAAUCCGUGAGGUUGCUGGUUUUGCACCUUAUGAGAAGCGUAUUACUGAGUUGCUCAAGGUUGGAAAGGAUAAGAGGGCGCUCAAAGUUGCUAAGAGAAAGCUUGGAACCCACAAGCGUGCUAAGAAGAAGAGAGAGGAGAUGUCCACCGUUCUCCGCAAGAUGAGGGCUGGUGGAGGUGGAGAGAAGAAGAAAUGAGUUUUAUUUACUUUAUUCUGUUUUUACAGGAAGAGGAUCAAUGUUUUGGUCAUUUUAGCUUUGUUUUUUUGUUUACUUUGUUUAGUUCAAGUUGUUACUCUUUUGACAUAUGUUUUGUUUAAACUGAGACAUCAUUAUGGAAAGUAAGAUCGCCUUAGUUUGUGUUCUACUGUCAAA